AUGUGCCCUCAUGGAUACAGAGGAGAGACUUGCGAUGAAGCUGUAGAAAUUUGUACCACAAAUACCUGCCAGAACGGUGGAACAUGCAUAGACGGAACGAACGGAUAUGUAUGCCACUGCCCAUUUGGCUAUACUGGACAAAGAUGCGAAAUCGUCAAGGAAGGCUUUGUAUGGAAAAGCAAUGAAAUCCCUAGGGAUAAACCUUCUAAAUGUCGUGGCUGUCUACAAAAGGCUGGGAAUGGCGAGUGCAACGAAGACUGCAACACGGAAGAAUGUAAUUAUGACGGUGGCGAUUGCUCAAUUACCAGCCCUUUCAAGAAAUGCGUUAACUCUACGUUUUGUGCUCGAAUGUUCCGAAAUGGAGUUUGCAAUGAGGUCUGCAACAACGAAGAUUGCUUGUUUGACGGUUUCGAUUGCAUAACAAAAAAGCCAGUGUGUCCUGCCGCCAUAGCAGCUUACUGUAAAGCUCACAAAGGUGAUGGAAUAUGUGACGAACAGUGCAAUCAAGAGGGUUGUGAUUUCGAUGGUGGCGAUUGCCGUGAGAUAUCUCACAAAAUUCUAUCUGGCGAUAUCUCAGUUGUUGUGCUAACCGAGCCUUCCUACUUCGUCGUCAAUAUUCCGCGUUUCUUGCGCUCCCUCAGCAAAAUUUUGAGAGCAGAGAUACGAAUCAAGAGAGAUCAAGAAGGACCGAUGAUUUUUCUGUGGCAAAAUGAGCGUAAAGGAGAUCGACUUAGAAUAGAGCAAUUGUAUCUUUCGUCUGAAAAAUCAAAUGUAGAAAAACGUGGUAUAAUAGUAUGGAUUGAAGUCGAUGUAGCGGGAUGUGUUGAAGAAUGUUUCAGCGAUGUCGAAGUUGUUGCGAACUUCAUUGAUGCUGCAAAAGAGAAACUCACUGGAAUGAACAUGUCCAUCCACUCGGUUGAUGCCAAGAAUCUCAGAAAAUCCAAGAAGUCUCUGGAUACCACUCUUUUAGUACUACUAGCAUGUAUCGCUGUCAUGAUUGCCAUCGCAAUCGUUUUCAUCAUCCAUGAAAGACCGAGCAGGAAGAGAAAAAUAAUUGAAAAUGCACCGGUUUGGAUGCCUCCUACGGAGCUUGAAGUUGAAAAGGCGAUGAAGUGUAACGAAAACACCUGGAAAAAUAGGGUAGUGCUUGAGAGUUCAAAACGAAGGCGAAUGGAUCCCGCUGAAAUGAAGCUACUGGAGCAACACCUGACGCCGAAAACUCUUAAGAACCGAGUAUUUGUGCAGCCGAAAGAGAAGAGAGCUGAGCCUGCACCAUCAAGUCUACAUGUUGAAGCUCUCUCAGACAAACCUAUAUCUGUUCCUAUCUGUACUGAAGAUGUAAAUCGGCGAGGCCCAUUCGGUCGCACGCCUGUGAUGGUCCUAGUAAGAAAUACGGUGAAGACGGAGAAACAGAUAUUAGAAGACUUGACGAGGCUUCGAGCAGCUGGAGCAGAUUUGAAUUUGUGGGAUGCUUGUGAGUGA